AUAACUCACUGCGCCUCAAAUAAAAUGAUGGAAGUCGGUGGGAACGGUGGCGGUGGGCUCCCUGUAAACAAUAAACAAAGAGCCAUGAUACCCAACAAAGGCCGGGGCGAGUUCACACGCAACCCAAGAAAAGACUCAGAGGGUCUGUCUGAGUCUCCAGAUCUUGAGUUUGAAUAUUCUGAUACUGACAAGUGGGCUGCAGAGCUGUCAGAGCUUUACAGCUAUACUGAAGGUCCAGAGUUUGCUUUGAAUAGGAAGUGCUUUGAGGAAGAAUUCAGAGCUCAUGUGUCUGACAGGAAGUGGACGGAGCUUGAUGCGGCUCAGCACCGGGCUCACGCCAUGCGCCUGCUGGAUGGUUUGGAGGUCAUCGCACGGGAGAAACGACUGAAAGUUGCAAGAGCUAUUCUCUACAUGGCUCAGGGAACCUUUGCUGAGUGCAGCUCUGAGGCUGAGGUGCAGCACUGGAUGAGAUACAACAUAUUUCUGUUGCUUGAUGUGGGAACCUUCUCUGCUUUGGUGGAGCUGCUCAAUAUGGAGAUUGAUAACAGCGCCGCCUGUAGCAGUGCAGUCAGAAAGCCGGCCAUCUCGCUCGCCGACAGCACAGAUCUCAGGGUGCUGCUGAACAUCAUGUACCUGAUGGUGGAAACGAUCCAACAGGACGAGCCGGCCGACAAGCCUGAGUGGAAAAUAAUCAAGGAAACCUUCAGAGCAGAGCUGGGAUCUCCUCUGUUCAACAAUGAGCCCAUUUCUGUCAUGCUCUUCGGGAUGGUCACCAAGUUCUGCAGCGGUCACGCUCCUCACUUCCCAAUGAAGAAGGUGCUACUGCUGCUGUGGAAAAGCAUACUGUUCACACUCGGAGGUUUUGAGCAGCUCCAGAACAUUAAGGUCCAAAAGCGCGAGGAGCUGGGCCUGCCCCCCCUCCCAGAGGACAGCAUCCGAGUCAUCCGCAGCAUGAGGGCGGCUUCCCCUCCGGCGUCGGCGUCCGACCUCAUCGAGCAGCAGCAGAAACGGGCUCGCCGUGAACACAAGGCGCUGAUCAAACAAGACAACCUGGACGCUUUCAACGAGAAGGACCCCUAUAAGGCCGACGACUCCCGUGAAGACGAGGACGACAACGACGACAAUGAUAACUCUAUAGAAGCCGAGACCUUUCCUAUAGAACGGGACGAGGUGAUGCCUCCUCCCAUCCCCCACCCUCCGUCAGAGCGGGUGUCCUUCCCUAAAGGUCUGCCCUGGGCUCCCAAAGUCAGGGAAAAAGAUAUAGAAAACUUUCUGGAGUCAAGCAGAAGUAAAUUUAUCGGUUACACACUUGGAAGUGAUACAGACACAGUGGUCGGUUUACCAAGACCCAUUCACGAGAGCAUCAAGACCUUAAAGCUGCACAAGUACGUCUCCAUAGCGGAGAUACAGGUCGCAAAGGAGGAAGAGUUUCAGAAAACCCCUUUGUCUGGAGGCGAAGAGGAAGUGGAGAUGUGUGCCACCGAGCUGCUGUAUCAGGGAAUCCUGCCGAGCCUGCCUCAGUAUAUGAUUGCUCUGCUGAAGAUCCUCCUCGCCGCCGCUCCGACCUCCAAAGCCAAGACGGACUCCAUCAACAUCCUGGCGGACGUGCUGCCGGAGGAGAUGCCGACCACGGUGCUGCAGAGCAUGAAGCUCGGCGUUGACGUCAACCGGCACAAGGAAAUCAUAGUGAAAGCCAUCUCCGCCAUCCUGCUGCUGCUUCUCAAGCACUUCAAGCUCAACCACAUCUACCAGUUUGAGUACAUGGCUCAACACCUGGUGUUUGCCAACUGCAUCCCACUCAUCCUCAAGUUUUUCAACCAGAACAUCAUGUCCUACAUCACGGCUAAGAAUAGCAUUUCCGUGCUGGACUUUCCGUACUGCGUGGUGCACGAGCUCCCGGAGUUAACGGCAGAGAGCUUGGAGGCCGGAGACAACAAUCAGUUCUGCUGGAGGAAUCUGUUCUCGUGCAUCAACCUGCUGAGGAUCCUCAACAAGCUGACCAAGUGGAAGCACUCCAGAACGAUGAUGCUGGUUGUGUUCAAGUCCGCUCCCAUCCUGAAGAGGGCGCUGAAGGUGAAGCAGGCCAUGAUGCAGCUCUACGUCCUCAAGCUCCUGAAGGUGCAGACCAAAUACCUGGGGCGUCAGUGGAGGAAGAGCAACAUGAAGACCAUGUCGGCCAUCUACCAGAAAGUCCGGCAUCGCCUGAAUGACGACUGGGCGUACGGAAACGAUCUGGACGCCCGGCCCUGGGACUUCCAGGCCGAGGAGUGCGCCCUGCGGGCCAACAUCGAGCGCUUCAACAGCCGGCGCUACGACAAGAGCCACAGCAACCCGGACUUCCUGCCCGUGGACAACUGCCUGCAGAGCGUCCUGGGACAGCGGGUGGACCUCCCCGAGGACUUCCAGAUGAACUACGACCUCUGGCUGGAGCGCGAGGUCUUCUCCAAACCCAUCUCCUGGGAGGAGCUGCUUCAGUGAGAGCCCGCGCCCUGGUUUGCGAUUUGUUUUUGUUGUUUUUUUUUUAGUUUUAAAUGAACGGUUUUGAUCAGGAGUGUAAAGGACUGGCCAGCGGUGCUCCCGCUGCUCGGACCCUGAAGGUGACAGACGGAUUCCUCCCUCCAGCUGGAUCCGCGUGGUUUUAAAAGUUUGAUCGGUGUUCCAGCCAAACGCUUUAUAGGAUGAACUCUUACUUUUGAAAACGUCAGCAUUAUUGGGAUUUUGUCCACUUUUUAGCCAAAAAAAAACAAAAAAACAAUCUUUCUUUUAUAUUUAGAACUUCCCUCUCUCAUCCCCAGUUUUUUUUUUUCUUAAAUGAAUAGCUGAUAAUAAAUUCUGUGCUAAACCCUGCCGACUUGAAUCCAAUCUGGACUCCAGACUUCCAGGUAUUUGCUCUUUGUGCCUCUUGUCCACUACUGAAAGCACUACAUGACCACAUAACUUCACUUUUAAUUUCUAAGAAAUCCGUUUGGUGCAAAUUUUAUGUGAAAACCAUCAAAGCCAGUUCGGGGCUCAUUCCAUUUAGGAUGAUAAAAAUACAUUCCUAAGCUUCACUUCAUCAGUUUCACCCCUUCAUAGUGGUUAAAGGAAUAGUAUACGAACAGAUAAAGACAUUUGAUUUCUUGAUCAUUCUCUGGAUGCUACAUUUAUAUGUUUUUUUUUAUUGUGUUUAUACGACCUGAGUGACGACGUACAUGUGUGCCACGGGACCAUCGAGACUCAUUCAGUAUUUUUUUUUUUUUUUAGGCCCAGGAUGAGUUUUAACUUUAAAAAAAAGACUGACUCGGCUUCUUAAAUUGCUUUGUUGUGUGAGAACAUGUUGGCUCUGGACGUCCACAUGAUUUAAAUAUGGGAGUGAAAAGAGGAACAACUUCUAAGUUAAACAUCUGAAUCACCAGACAGCUGUUUUUAGCUGAAAGAGAUACCUCGGUUUGAUCCAGUUACAGAACCAUUCUCCGAGUCUUUCUCCUUUGUUUUUGUUGGUGUUUUAUCAAAAGGCUUAAAAUCCUGAAAUACGUGUAAAUUGUGAAACUUAUUUAUCAUAAAAUCUGUCUUUGUUUUACAUGGACUUCAAAACUGUAAUAAAGGUAUACUGUCAUUCAUGCUGGA